AUGCGUCACCUCUCUGGCCUUCCUGCCUCUGUCUCCGGCCUUCUUUCCCUCACCAGCCUGGUGCUGAUAAACUGCCCGGAGGUAGAAUCGCUGCCUGGGGACAUCGGACGGCUGGGAGCACUUCAGGAGCUCAGGCUCUCGAAGCUGUACCGCUUGGAUUGCAUCCCGCGAUCGCUGGUGGAGCUGCCACAGUUGCGGGUGCUGGAGGUGCGGAUGCUCUCCUCUCUCCAGACCUUGGUGCUUUUGGGGCUGUUUAACCUUUCCAAGCUGCCCGGAACUUUUCUGCAGCUGCCCCAGCUGAAGAAGCUGGAUGUGAGCUACUGUGAGAAGCUGGUUUGGAAGUUGCCCCAGCGGGAAGAAGCUGGAUCUUCCCGGGAAAUGCCGAUGCUGCGCAAGUGUUCGAUUCGCGCAUGCCCUCUUCUUUCAAGGAAAAUUGCCAAGAGAAUCUGCAAAGGGGGGGCUGUCAAUAAGAGGGAGGAGGGGGAUGGUGGGGCGGAUGGGGAGGAUGAGGAAGAGGAUGAGGAGGAUGAGUGGACGGACGAGGAGGAAAACGGAGAGUAUGAGGCGUGCUUGGAUUUGAUGGAGGGGAUGGAGAGUAGUGAGGAUGAAGAGGAUGGUGAAGACGAGGAAGCUUUUAUGGGGGAGGAUGAUGAGGACGAGGAAGAUGAAGAGGAGGAUGGAGAGGAGGAUGACGAGGAGGAUGGAGGGGAGGAUGGAGGGGAGGGUGGAGAGGAGGAUGGAGAGGAGGAUGGCCAAUUAGAAGCUUAUGGAGAAGUGAAUGAUGAGGAAGGGGAUGGUGAGGAUGGAGAAGAGGAUGAGGAGGAUGAGGAAGACCAGGAAAACUAG